UCACCGCCUUACUACGAACUUAGCGGUCCUUCGUUGUUGGAAUCUCAAAAACUGAAUAUCAAACAUGCACUAAACGAAUUGUAUGGCAAUAACAUUGGACAACCAGUGUUGUACGAGUGGAUUGCGCAUUUGAAGAGUUAUCUGGCUGAAUGCGCUGAAUCGAGUUCCAGGGAGGCAAAAAGGCCGAAUGAGGGACCAUGCGUUGUUGCUACCGCUAUCCCCGAUACUGCGCUCUUGACUACUGAUCGACUUGUACGCCUUCCAACCAUUAUCAGCAGCAAUACGAUACUGGACCGGAGAAGCACUUUCCAGGCACAUGUUGCUGAGGUUUUCAGCAAGGAAGAGGUAAUUCUGGCACUGAACAAACUGAAAGAAAAUAACAAAAUCGCUCGAGCAACGCAUAACAUAUACGCCUGGUUGACCGAGGAAUUCGUCAAAGGUCGAUGGAUCAGACAGCACGAUUGCGAUGAUGACGGAGAAAUAGGUGCUGGUGCAAAAUUGCUAAAUUUACUGGAAUUGAUGAAAGCAAAAAAUGUGUUAGUGGUUGUUACACGUUGGUACGGUGGUAUCCAUCUUGGUCCGGAUCGAUUUCGUCACAUAUGCAAUAUUGCACGUCAAGCUUUGGUGGAUAAUGGCUUUUCUGGUCGAUAA